UUUAGCAUUAAUUUUUAUAUUCUCAUAAUCAUAUGACUUUGCAAAAAUAAUUCAUGGCACUUUGGGCAAAAAUUCUGGAAAUCCAAGGUGAUGCUGUCAAAAAAAUACCGUUAUAUGUCCAAACGUUUCCUUUUGAAGUUAGACAUUGUUUAGCUAAUUGGAUAGAAGAUCAACCAUGGCAUUCCAUCAAUCCUGACAACAUUCAGCAUUUGAGUUAUGCCCAAAAUUUGUUUCAAUCCUUUCUUUUUGAAAUAAAUAGAUCAAUAUCUGAGUUAGCUAACCAAGGUGUUCACUUUAUGCCAUUGACUUAUAGGCUAUCAUCAUCUGCAAAAUAUUUUCAAGAACUAUAUAGCGAUAAUCCUUUAGAAAUGGUUCGAACAAUACAAAAUUGUCUACAAAUGGAAAAAAGUCUCGUUGUUGAAAAGGAUAAACAUUUAACGCCCUCUUCUGCUUAUGCCGACAACCCUGCUUAUAAAUCCAAAUUUGAAUUACUUCACACCCGAACCUAUGAGGCUGAUGAUCUCUUACAGCAAAUACAACAAGAACAAGAGUCAUUUAUUUUAAAUAACCAAGAAGGAAAAAAAUUAUGUGCUCAAGUUAAACAUUUUGCUACAUCUUAUAAUAUUGAGGAUAAUAAACAUUCAGAUGCACAAUCUCAUAUGAUUGAAUAUGCUAGGCUUAAACAUAAUAAGGAUACACUAUUACAGGCUUUAGAAUCAAAAAGUGUUGAGAUACGUGGAAAAAGAUUACAUUUUGCUGAGCAAUUAUUAAAAACACAAAAUUUACUACUGGAUUUCAUGAACACUGUUAUUAAUGAAGAGCUAAUUAAAUGGAAAAUAAACCAAAAAUUGUCUGGGAGUGGAGUACCAUUUGAUGAUAAUUUAAAUCAAAUCCAAAAAUGGUUCGAACAAAUAUCGGAUGUAGCUUGGCGUAAUAGAAAACAAAUAAAAAGACUUUUAAGUUUUCAAAAUCAGUUUGCUAUAUUGGAACACAAUGAUAUGUUACAUAAUUUAAACUCAAAUAUAUUAAAAAUAUUAUCUUCUCUAGUUUAUGACACAUUUGUUAUCGAAAAACAACCUCCUCAAGUAUUAAAAACGAAUACAAGAUUUACGGCAUCACUUAGACUUUUGGUUGGCACAAAAUUGAAUUUACACAUGAGUACUCCCGAAGUUCAAGCAAAUAUUAUGAGCGAAUAUCAAGCUGCUCAGAUACUCGAGAAAAAGGAUGAUGCCACAUUUCUUCCUCAAUUUAAUCAAACUAGUGGUGAAAUUUUGAAUCACAUAGGAACAAUGGAAUAUGAUGUUAGCGCCGAUAAAUUAUGUGUCCAUUUUAAAAAUAUGCAAUUAAAAAAAAUCAAAAGGCAAGAAAAAAAAGGUUCAGAAACAGUAGCAGAUGAAAAAUUUUGCAUAAUGUUUAAAUCAUCGUUCAAAAUAGCAGGUGGGGAAAUCGUAUUUAAUGUUUGGACCCUCUCUUUGCCUAUUGUAGUUAUCGUUCAUGGAAAUCAAGAAGCAAACGCCUGGGCCAGUAUAUUGUGGGAUAACGCCUUUUCUGAUUUCAAUCGGGAACCAUUUAAAGUUUGGGCUGAAGUUCCUUGGAUAAAAUUAGCGGAAAUGUUAAAUUAUAAAUUUUUUUCAAUGGUAGGCAAAGGACUAUCCGAAGAAGACCUCUACUACCUUAGUACUAAAAUAUCAGGUGCUAAAUAUGAAACCUCACCUGUUAUUACAAUUGCUCAAUUUAAUAAAGAACAUCUACAAAAUAGGCCAUUUACAUUUUGGCAAUGGUUUUAUCAUAUAUGCUUAAUUGUUAAGGAAUAUUUAAGGCCACAUUGGCAGGAUAAUACUAUUAUAGGAUUUGUUAGUAGAAAUGACGCUCAUGACAUGUUAAUGAAAAAAGUUCAGUAUACAUUUUUAUUAAGAUUUAGCGAUUCCACUUUAGGAGGUAUAACUAUUGCUUGGUUGGAUACUAACAACGCUUUAGGUCCAGAUAAAUUAGAUGUUUGGAAUCUUAAACCAUUUACAGCAAAAGAUUUUUCCAUACGUUCUCUUGCAGACAGAAUUAAAGAUCUACCUCAUUUAAAAAUUUUAUAUCCAGACAUAUCAAAAAAUAUAGCAUUUGGAAAAUAUUAUUCUAUUUCCGAAAAUGAAUCAAACAAUUUAAAAGAUGGAUAUGUUGGAACAGUAUUGGUGACCACAACGUCCCUUCCUGCAGAGAACAAAAAAAAUAACAAUUUUGUGGAAAUUUCUAGUUCGGCUGACUCUACUCAAAAAUCUUCUCCCCAAAGUACAUUACCCAUGAUGGAAAAUGAAAUUAGCAAUCCGUUUGAAGAUUUAUGGAAUUCCGAGGCUGAAGAGUUGUUAUCGAACUUUGAUGUUGAUAAUUUUAAUAUGAAUUUUUUUUCCAAUAAUUUGAUGACUGGUUUAACGGAAGAAAUGGAUUCAUAUAAUAACAAUUUUAAAAAUUAAUUACCUUUUAAAGAUUAUUAGUUGUAGCAUUAUAAUAAAAUAUUAGAUAUAUUUAUUUAAUAAA